UCUGGAUCCAUUUGAUCUCCCAUUCCCAUUGAAUCAUCUGGUGACAAUCACAAACACCCAACCAAGCCGCAACAAUGAGUGCCCAGGCAUAUUAUGAGCUUUAUCGCGGCAGCAGUAUUGGCUUGUCCCUCACGGAUACGCUUGAUGACUUGAUCAACGAAGGCCGAAUCGAGCCUCAACUUGCGAUGAAAAUACUGUCAAAUUUCGAUCGCGUCAUAACAGAGGUCCUUGCAGAUAAAGUCAAAGCUAGACUCUCUUUUAAGGGCCAUCUGGAUACCUAUCGGUUCUGCGACGAGGUCUGGACAUUCCUCAUUAAAGAUGCCACUUUCAAGCUCGAUAAUCAGACCACUGUUCAUGCGGAUAAGGUGAAAAUUGUGAGUUGUAAUAGCAAGCGCCCGGGUGAGGUAUAAGCUUGUGCUGCAGUUGGGUGGCCGUUUUUGAAUCUUCGCAACAUGGAAAGGCGCACAUUGGGGUUGGGAUUUCUCCACACGGAAGACCUGAUGAAUGGCACCAGGCUCCGGUAUUUCUGUAUUUGAAUCUGAUUUUACGGGCUUGGGAGUUUCUGUUACUUUGCAAUUUAGAACAGCACGACAAGCUGAAUAGCUCGUGCCCAAUGAUACUACGAAAUUUUUUGUUUUCUCUGGACUUCUUGCCUCCUUCUGCUCGACCCAUCCCUUUUCGUAUUAGCAUGGAAAUGUGAUACUCUACAUGCACGAAGAGAUAGUGGGCCACUGGUAUUUUCCCUGCGCUUCUCCCCUGCACUGAAGUUGCCUUAGUAGGCAAAACUAGAUAGUAUGCAUGUCAUGUUCUCCCGCUUCUUCGCGCUCUUUCACUCAAAAUAGCAAGUAAUAAUUCAAAAGCUAAGGCACGUAAGUGGUCAGGGUACAAGAAUACGAAGCAUAAAUUCCAGAUUGGUGCAACC